GUGGAGACGCCGAGAAGUGAGAACCUACGUUAUUAUUGCUUUGUCAAUCUUGUUUCUAUUGGGAGAAGGAAUCCUUCAAGUUUGGAUAUAAUCUGGAGGUUAACUAUGAACUCUUACAAGCAACGACAGUCGAAGACGGAGAGUGUUGGUGCUCAUAUUUCGGUGGCCCCUGCGGAACGAACCUCAACAGAUAAGAGCAAGUUAUCUGUCCUUGGACACACCGCCUUGCAGUUAGUGAAUUCUCUUUAUAGUUCCUUGUGUGAGUCAAUUAAUAGAUUUUUGUUUUUGCACUGGUGGAGAAGGAAAAGCAGAGAGAAUUCGCACAUCACCACAGCAGGCAAGAGGUCAGCCAGAGACGUGACCAGUCCAGUACUCUUCUUUGUGAACAUAAGAGUUAUUUAUAAGAUACUUUUACCCUUCACUUUAUUUCUUCCAAUAGUUUCUUUAUUGUUGGGUUUAUUGAGAGAGUUAUUAUCCAGUGCGCUGAAUAGUAUUUUCCAAGGAUUUCGACUCGUUUUGUUUUCUCAUAACCAUUUGCGUAUGCUUUAUUGUUCUUUAUUCGACAUAUGGAAUCCUGAACAGUCAGAAAAGGAGCAAAUUUUUUAUCAUGGUAGGAAAACUUUAGUUCUAGAUCUUGACGAGACUCUUGUACAUUCUACAACUCGUCAAAAUUCUCAUUUUGAUAUUCGUCUGGAAGUCUCGGUUGAUAACUGUCCUAGCAUUUUUUACGUCAACAAACGUCCUUAUUUGGAUGUCUUUUUAAGGGUUGUGUCACAGUGGUAUGAUCUUGUCGUUUAUACAGCUAGCCUUCAGAAAUAUGCUGAUCCUCUUAUUGAUGCUCUUGAUGUUCACGGAGUUAUUCGAGAACGUUACUUUCGUGAUCAUUGCAUUCAAGUUGGGAACAAUUUUGUAAAAGACAUAUCCAUUAUUGAGCCGGAUCUAAGAAAAAUUGUUAUUGUCGACAACUCACCUUCAGCAUAUGUCCUACAUGAGGAAAAUGCUAUUCCUAUAGGAACAUGGUGGGACGAUCCUUUGGAUGAAGAACUUUUGAAUUUGCUUCCUUUUUUACAGGCCCUAUGUGUAUUGGCUGAUGUUCGUUCUAUUCUGAGUCUCCGUGAAACGAAAGGCGUCCUUUUGCACCAUUUAAUCUCAAGUAGGCCCUAUCACACUUUGUGACAUUAUAUUAAAUGACAAACAAAUACUAGAUUGCUGAAUAGAAGUUUUAUUCAUUUCUUUCUACUCGAGACAAUAGUAAACAAUUUUACUUGGUUAUGUUCCGACAAGAAUGUUGCAAUGAUCUCCAAGUUCAUUUUCUUUGGAUGGUCUGUAAAAUGU